CACCACCAGCUCUCUUCGCCGCAACACACGCUCGCGUUCUCGCACAUCCAACUCAACCACACUCUUCGACUUUUCAGUCUUUUUUCACCGAUCUCACAUCUUUCAAAAUGCCUCCCAAGGCCGCCGACAAGAAGCCCGCCUCCAAGGCCCCCGCCACUGCCUCCAAGGCUCCCGAGAAGAAGGAUGCCGGCAAGAAGACCGCUGCUUCUGGUGACAAGAAGAAGCGCUCCAAGACCCGCAAGGAGACUUACUCUUCUUACAUCUACAAGGUCCUCAAGCAGGUCCACCCCGACACUGGUAUCUCCAACCGUGCCAUGUCCAUCCUGAACUCUUUCGUCAACGAUAUCUUCGAGCGCGUUGCUUCUGAGGCUUCCAAGCUGGCUGCCUACAACAAGAAGUCCACCAUCUCUUCCCGAGAGAUCCAGACCUCUGUCCGCCUGAUCCUCCCCGGUGAGCUUGCCAAGCACGCUGUCUCUGAGGGUACCAAGGCCGUCACCAAGUACUCCUCCUCGACGAAAUAAGUGGCUUGACUUGCUGGUUUGUUUUGGUCAAUUGGUUUUUCUCGCGUGGCAUCAGGGUGUCAUGACUCCGAGGUUUCAUGGGCAUCUGGCCCUGUUUUUAGGAGCCUCAUAAUGCGUUACGGAUGGUUUUGUUUUUCACUGGGGGCAAUGUCUUCACACACGGGCAACGGGGUUCGCGGUUGUACAAUAAACAUCGAGAAAUAGGGUCUCGAUAACAUGAAUUCGUGCACUUGAAAGCCCCCUUCUAUUUGCAUAGUGUUACAGGUGUUGUCCGGUUCUCAGCUCACAGCUCCAGUCCUUCCUGAUGUUCGCGUAUCGAAUCAAUAUCUAGCCG